AUGGCCACAACUCAGCCCCGCAUUGCCAUCAUCGGCGCAGGUCCUGCAGGGCUUGUUCUCCUCCUCACUCUUCACAAUCGCGGCAUCCCCGCCACGAUUUACGAACGCGAUUCCCAUGCCUCCGAACGGGGCCUCCCCUCCGGCCCUCUCGACCUCGGCUGGACCUCAGGCCAGCGUGCCCUGCGCGAGAACGGCCUGCAGGACGCGUUCACAGCCAACUCCCGCGUCGAAGGUCACGAGUACCGCAUGCUCGACUCCCAAGGAAACCUCCUCGUCUACAGCAACUUCGAGGACGUUCCCAAGGACGACCUCCGCCCCGAGAUCGACCGCCCUCGCCUCCGGCAGAUCAUGCUCGACGCCGUCCCCUCGGAGCUCAUCAAGUGGAGGUACACCCUCACCUCCGCCAAGUCCCUCGGCGACGGUACGCACCAGCUCGCCUUCGGAAACGGCACGACAGCUGUCGUCGACAUCCUCAUCGGCGCCGACGGCGCGCACUCGCGCGUCCGCCCACUCGUCUCCACCGAGCGCGCGCGCUACGUCGGCCUCAACGGCCCCGACCUCUCGCUCGCCCCAGGGGUAAUCGAGCGCGAGGACAUGGCGGACCUCCGCGCGCUCAUCGGCAAGGGCCUCAUGGUCGCGCAGGACGACGACCGGGAGCUGAACGCGCAGCUGACGAGCGACGGGCGCGUGCGCGGGAACGCGCACUUCCGCGCGCCCGAGCUCUGGACGGCGCCGCCUGGGGGCAUCGAGGCGCUCCGCGAGGAGCUGCGCGAGGUGUACAAGGGCUGGUCGCCCGUGCUCGUGAAGCUCAUCGAGCACUGCGAGCCGGACCUGACCGACCGCCGGCCGCUGUACCAGCUCCCCGUCGGACACAGCUGGGCGCACGUCCGCGGGGUGACGCUCAUUGGGGACGCGGCGCACGUCAUGACGCCGUACGCGGGCGCGGGCGCGAACAUCUCGAUGCUCGACGGGCUUGAGCUCGGGCUCGUGAUCUCGAAGGCGGUCAACGAGGGGGCGUCGGACGCGGAGCGGGAGACUGCGGUGGCGAACUGGGAGAAGAGGAUGUUCGCCGCGGCGGCGCAGUGGGCGAAGGUGGCGGAGGACAACAUGGAGGCGAUGAUCAGCCCCGACGCCCCGGCGUCGGCCAAGGCACGCUGGGAGCUCUUCUUGCAGGAGGGCGGACGCCAGGAGGACUACUCCACCGGCGACGCGGCGUAG